AUGUCCCACAAGACACUCAGACCUCUUCACUACCACUUGCCACUAUUCCCAGGAUUCCAACUACUGGACGUGGCAGCCCCACUCGACAUUCUCAACAUUCGUACCCAGUACCCUGACACGGCGGGCAUCACCCUGACUGUAUCAGCCGAAACCAUCGACCCCGUCUCCGUGAAGCCAGUGCCACCCCCGGAUGCCAAGUGGAAAUUCGACAUCGCCGUCAACACAGCCUGCAACCAACACCUGGUCCCACAAUGCACCUUCGCUGACGUGAUUCGCGCCCUGAAAUCGGGCAAAGCAGGCCAUGGCGAGAUUCAACCCGUCGAUGUGCUCAUCAUCCCCGGCGGCCCAGGCACGCGUCUAAACCGGCUUGACCACACGGGAAUGACCGCAGUCUCGAAUACAAAGGAGGUACAAGACUUUAUUGUUGAUGUUGCACCCUAUGUUCGACACAGCAUCAUCACAGUUUGCACGGGUAGCCACAUCCUUGCUCAAACAGGCCUUCUGGAUCAUCGACAGGCCACGACCAAUUCAGCCCGCUACGACGAUGUCACUGGUAAAUCACAGAUGGUGAAUUGGCAGCCCAACAAGCGGUGGUUGCGCGAUAUACCAGAGACUUCCGGUGGGUUGCUGCCUGGCGUCGAAAUAUGGUCAUCUGCUGGGGUCUCUGCAGGGAUAGACGUGAUGUUGGAGUUCAUCUCGGCGCAUUACGGUGGCAUUGAAAUUGGCAUGCAGACUGCGAGGCGGAUGGAGUACCGCUGGGAGCGGGAGCGGGAGGCCUCGUAUUUCCUGUGA